AUGGACGAUAAAAAUUCAACCAGUCGAUUUGUUGGAGUUGUUGCUGUUGUAGUUUCUAUUACAGCAUUACUUUCCAGUGUUUUAUAUGUUCCAAAUUUAAUAUGGAAAAUUCAAAAUAUUCAUAAUCAAAUUAAAAUUGAUUCUGAUGAAUUUAGAAUACUUGCUGAAGAAGCAUGGAAUAAUCUUCAAAAAAUAAAACAAUUAUCAAGAGAAAAAAGAGAUGCAUAUAAUGGUGGUUAUGGAGAUGGUGGCAUUAAAGCUUUCUUCCCAGAUGGAAAAAGUCAAGGUGUUGAUGGUUUCACUUCUUCUGGACCACAAUGUAAAUGUAAUUCACGUAAUUUAUGUCCAGCAGGUCCACCAGGACCACCAGGAGAACCAGGAUUAGAUGGAGAACCUGGUUUACCAGGAGAAAGAGGUGCUCCAGGUUUAGCUGGAAUUGCACCACCUGUUACAUUAGAUACAAAUUUGGGAUGUAGAGUAUGUCCUAACGGUCCUCCAGGUCCAGUUGGACCACCAGGAGAAGUAGGUCCUGAAGGGCAACCUGGAAUUCCUGGUCCAUCUGGAAGACCUGGUGAAGAAGGUAGAAUAGGAUAUCCAGGAAAUCCAGGUAUGCCAGGAGAAAUUGGUCAACCUGGUAAAGAUGGAGAAAAGGGUGCACCUGGAGCUCCUGGAACUCUUGGAAUUAAAGGUGAAAAAGGUGAGAAAGGAGCUCAAGGACCACCAGGAAAGAAAGGACCUCCUGGUUAUCCAGGUUCAGAUGGACAAAGAGGUAAUGAUGGUCAUCAAGGUAAACCAGGAGAUAGAGGAUUACCAGGAAGACAAGGAAAUCAAGGAAGACCAGGAAUGCCAGGCCAAAACGGUGUACCAGGUGAAGAUGCUGAAUAUUGUCCAUGUCCACCAAGAUCUGCUGGUGUUAAUAAAGCAGAACAAGGAAUGUCAUAUGAAUUUCGUCCACCAUCAACACCAACAUAUUCAACAGAUGAAGGUGUAAAUCGUGGUGGUUAUCGAGCAAGAAUUUAA